AUGAUAUUCGAAUUGCCUAUUGAACACUUUCCUGUUACUUCUCGAUGUGUCAGUCCUUCGACUGCAUCAUCCUCUUCAAGCUUAUGCGAACGAAGGUUGCCUGUGCGAAUGCCUUUAUCCGUAGCUCACUGCAAGGAUGUCUCUAGAGCCAUGCCACAGAAACCCUCAGUAUGUCACACUAACUUCAAAUACCCGAUUGCGCGAUUCGCCACCAUGCCUACGUUGAAGCGAGCGAUGACUUCACCUGUCCUCCUUCCAUCUACAUCAUCAGCGGCUCCACACUCUGACUCUCAGAUUUUCUCGAGCGCCAGCAGCCAGACUUUGAUUGAUACCCGACCCAACUCAUCUUUGAGUUUAGCUUCAAAAGCUAUUGCUGAUUCCUGCCUUCCUCUACCAACCACCAGCGCAUUGGAUAAGCAUGGCUCAACCCCCUGCCUGAACAGUGGACAAAGUUUUAUGCAACGGAUGCUGACCCGUGGUCUAAGCACAAGUCUUUUGGCUCAGUGA